GCAGAUAUGAGAAGGAGUGAGGAGACCUGAGAAAAGAACCUAAUUCAGCAUUGUGUUUCCAGCCAGCCUCUCACACUGCUGUGAAACCCUCUUGAGCUGCGCUGCUGCUGCUGCAUGACUGAACGCUAUCAGUCCCGAGCAGGCAGUCGACACACACACACACACACACACACACACACACACACACACACAAAUGGAUAUGACUCGUCCGCUGAGGUGGUUUGGUGUGGUGGACUUGGAGUGACAGUUGGGAAUAACUGGUUUCUUCGUCCUGUCGGUGUUGUAUGAAGAUGCGGUGACAGCAGCUGGAACUGAUCCCUGACAGCUUUACAGCUUGGACGUCUCCAAAACAGACAAAACAGGACAACAAAGAUGUCAGUGAAGCUGCGAUUUGACUCUCCCUCAGAUGGAGGCCUGAUCCACAGAAGCCGCUCCUUCACUGGAUUCUCUUCUCUGACUGGUCGACAGAGGACGUCUUCUGUUCGUAACUCUCUUCGCGUCAAAGCCAUGACGGGAAAUAAAGCCAGCAGGGCGCCCGUCUCCCCCCGCAGAAGUUCAGGCGCUAUCUGGUCUCUGCAGCCGGAGCAGGUCGGCAGGGUUUUUCAGGCACUACGCAAAGGACUCAAGGACUACCUGGAGGGUCACCAAGCUGAGAUGGACUUCCUGUCUUCACAGCAGAGAGAGACGAAAAGAAACUCGAGACUGGCCUUUCUUUACGAUCUGGAGAAGGAGAUCAGGUCUUUGGAGAGAUAUAUACGACGAUUAGAAUUUCAAAUCAGUAAGGUAGAGGAGCUGUAUGAGACAUAUUGUAUUCAGUGGAGAUUGUGUCAGGGAGCGGUCAACAUGAAGAGAGCCUUUUCACUGUCCCAGUCCACCAGAGCCUCCAGAGAGAGUUUGCUGGAGCUCAACCGCAACCACAGACACAGCCUGCAGGACAUGUCAACAAUGGAAGGAGAGUUAGAAAUCCUGCUAGGAGAGCUACACAUUAAAAUGAAGGGUCUCAUCGGCUUCGCUCGACUUUGUCCAGGAGACCAUUACGAGGUGUUAGUACGACUGGGCCGCCAGCGAUGGAAGAUCAGAGGGAGGAUUGAAUCAGAUGAUAGUCAGUCAUGGGAUGAGGAGGAGAUGGUCUUCCUCCCACACAUUCACCACAACUUUGAGAUAAAGGUGACGGAAGCAAAGGGUUUGAGCUGGCUGCUGGUUGGCAUGGUAACGUGUGCAAGCGCAGACUUCUUUGUGGCAAGGCCUCAGGUGAUGUUGGUGGACAUCACGGAGUUGGGAACCAUCAAACUGCAGCUGGAAGUGACCUGGAAUCCAUUUGACGGCACUGAGAAGCUGAGGCCGCUGUCUGGAAACAAGCAGUCAGUGUCCAGCAGAAAGAGUUCAGUGUACAGCUGGACGGCACCGAGCACCCCCUCCUUCACUGAGAAAUACUUUAUUUCUAUGGUGCGUGAGCUGCGGGAUCAGGAAGGUUCUCUUCCAUCUCUGGUGCCCAAAAGUCAUCCCAACAGAGGAGGAAUGUCUCUGCUCAGCUACCUCUCCAACCCUUCAAACACCUCUAUCGCAUCAAGCCACAGUCCUCAGAGCCCAUACACCCCGAGUCUCUCAAGGGCUCACAGCUACCCUUUCAGCCCGAGUCGAGACACCAGUCUGGGAGGAAGUCGGACUCAGCUGUCGCUCGGAGAGGAAGAAUCCCUGGAGAUCUCAACAGAGGAGUCGGAGACAAAGAAGAGGGUGGACAAGAAGGUAGACGAGGAGAAGGAGGAAUGGGGAGUUGUGUUAGAGAGUCCAUCCUUACCAGAAGAAAGUAAAACAGACUCCCUUAUCACCUUACAGAGGUCGAGCACUCCAGACAUCCUGAGAAAGAACACAUGUGGAGAAGCAGAGCCUGAGACCCACAGCGUAGCCCCAAGUCAGGACACAGUCACUGGGCAGGACUCCACAGAUUGUGAGGAAUACUCUGUCACAGCCUUGCCAACACCACCUUCUCAAACCCCAGCUGCACCACAAACCUCCCCUGCAGCAGCUGCUCCGAGGCUGGCUGUGAGCGGGGUCCAACGUCAUGCCCAGGCGCUCAGACUGGGAGCCAUUAUUGCAGAGCUGGAGAAAAUAUUACAGGAUCAGAGCUGUGCUGACAAGGAGCUGAGAGCAUUGGAGCACCAGAUAAUGCAUCUAGCCACCAUACUGAAGAACGACCUAUCACUGCUGAGAAGCUCAUCAUCAGAGGAGACUCUGGCUGUUGAGGAGGUGCUGGGUAGCUUUGACUUUCUGUCAAACGACCUGAACGGAGAUGAUGACGCCUCUUGUUUGGGAAGCCUGAGACUGAAGGACAGUGGCAUCAGUUCUUUCCAGCAGAGCACGCUGAGGAGUCAUGGAAUUCUCUCUCAAGGCAGCCAGUCGGCUUCUGAGGAAGAGCUAGUCAUCACUCCUCUGACCUCUGGAAACUGGGGUCUUGAUCAAGCUCUGGAGACUCACCUGGAUAUCUGUUGCAUCCUGCUGCAGAUGAUAAGAACAACCGACUUCACCCCGUCUAGAAGGGAGCUGCUGGAGGAAAUGUCUCUCCAGGCUGAGGUCCUGGACAGAAUCAGCUGUCUGCUGCUGGAGAAGAAUGACAACAUCUCUACACGAGACAUCCUUCCUAAGGCCCAGAGAACGAGGGGUCUGCUGUUGUUCUGGGAGGAGUGUGUGCACGACAACAGCUCUCCUUUCUGUUGCCACAUCGACAGCUUCACAAAGACACUGAAGAAGCGUUACACACACAAGGUGAAGGCCAAGCAGCCCGGCCAAUCAGAGAAAGUGUUUUCUCAGCUCCUGCAGCAGGUUCAGGCGGCCUGCCGGGUGGUGCCCAGCUCUCGGUCAGUCUGCUGCCCGGAGAGAGUCACCCUCUUCCAGCUGUCAGUCUACCUGAAGCGCUGGAAUUUCCAGGAGCUUGGAGAGCACAUCUCCCGCCUCUCAAAAGAAGAGUACAUCCUCUCAGCCCUGAGUAGCCCCAAACGGCGGCGGGCUUUAAAUAAGCUGAGGGGCCGGAAGAUCACAGAGCUACUUCCACUGGGAUGCACCCUGCAGACUCUCGCCUCCCUGCAGAUCGACUCCAACCACAAAGUCUGCAAAGCUGCCACCAACUGCAUCUCCAGAGCUGCUGGAUGCAAGGCCUUCAGGAACAAGGCGGUGCUUUACUACACAGAAAGCCUGAAAAGCAUUGAUAUUAAAAUCCAGCAGAGCUCCUGUUUGGCUCUCAAAUGCCUCCGGGCGACAGAGAGUGUGGACCACAUAGCAGAUUUAUGGAGAUCAACAGAUGAAGAUCUGCGUAGUGCUGCCAGAGAAACUGUCCUCUCCUUUGGUAAAAAGGGAUACCAGGCCUACCAGAGGAUGGACCAGCUAGACACUGAGAUGCAGGAUGAGGCUUACCAGAACCAAGAGACUGAGAUUACGAUUUUAUAGGAAACAGAUCUGGAUCAAAGAAUAGGCACAAAUGUUGUAAUGAUGCUGGCCAAGAGACUAAAACCAAGCCUAUGUCAAAAUGGAGAAAGUUUACAAACCUGUCAGGACGUCGCACCUUCUGGGGAAACAUAAUUUUCUUUUAAGAAUCUGUGGUGUGUGUGCUACGAGAUCUUCCUCAACAACUGCAGAGGAAGAUCUCAUGAUGGAGACUUCAGCUUUCCCUGGAUGGAUCAUUCACUCACUGAUGUUGAUUAAUGACUUCUUAUUUCUCCUGUAUUGUUUUACUCAGAAUUUGAAUUUAUUUUUGUUAGAUAUGUAGAGUUUUUCUUAACGAAGACGUCAGCUGUAGUCUGACUUUUUUCUAGUGCUGGGAGUUAUUUCACCAACCAGUCGAUAUGACUGUCUUAUUGGGACAUGAAGGAUAAAUAUAAUAUUAUUUUACAUAAUCUUGCAAGUGUGUGUGUGUGUGUGUGUGUGUGUGUGUGUGUGUGUGUGUUUAUAGCAAUAAUCAGCUACAAUCUCACAGCUCUCUCUGCCUGUGAGAGCUGUGUCUUGAAUUAAUUUUAAACAAGAGGAGUCUACAAAUCAAGUUAUGUUACACUACUCAUUUUUCUAAUCAUUUUUAAGGCUUAAUUGAGAAAGAAAAUCAAAUAUGUCUGAAAACAAAUGCAAUCUUCCAGGUUUUAUAUUCAGAAUAAUUCCUUUUUUAUAUAUUUUCACAUGCAAACCUGUGGACCUUUUCAUUUUCACAGGAGAAGCAUGACUUUUCUAUCAAAAUCCCAACAAGGACGGAUGUUUGUUUGGGGGGGGUUUCAUACUACAAAUACAAAUGUUUUAAAUGAUACCAAAUUCUCUUUUAUCCAAUUCUUCUUUGACAAAAUGGAUGUUUAGACAAAAUUGUUCAUGUUGGUGAAGGAAAAUAUUUGGCCUGCUGCCUUUGUGCCAUCACAGAAACAGAGACCGCUGCUGACCUCUGCUGGCUGUUCACAUAUACUGAGCUGGAGAGGGACCCGAGGAGACAUUUGCCUGCCACAGAAUAGAUUUGGCUGUGGUUAGAGUGACCUAGGACCUGACUGACCAGACUGUUUGCGAGGCCGUGGGAAGAAAGAUGCUGCCGACAGCAAAGCAGUUUAAGUUGUGGCAUAAAAUGACAUUUUUCUUCAGCCAUGAGAACUCUGCAUCAACUUUAAGGAAUCAUGUUGGAAGAAUCUGCUUCAUGGAUUGAACACAGUGUUUGUUUCUGUUGUUUUGUUGAUAAUAGGAUGCAGAAUCGUUUAGCUUCCUAAAACAAAGAAAAAUCCUACAAAAUCUUAAAAACUGUUUUCAGUAAGAAGCAGAGCUGCGCUUUAACCAUGUUUGAAUUCUGUGUGUUUUGUUUUAGCCCCCUCCCACACAACCAGAUGGUGCAUGAUUUGCACUUCAGGAGAGUUUACACAAUCAAGAGGGAAAGAUUUCAAAGUCAUCUUUGUACACAGAUAACAUACCCUCGCCCCCUCUUUUGCAAAACUCUCACAGUCUGACUGAACACCAGUUAUUUGCUGGUCUUUGGUAGUUUUCCAGGUGCUGAAUCUUUGAAAUCAAAAUGUUUUCAAAGCUGCUUUUUAAAAGGUUGAGAAUGAGGAAAAAUCAAUGUGCUGAGAAAGCUUUGGAAACAAGCAGGAGGGCAAAGGAAGUAAGGUCAGAAGGAAUAAAUGUGCUCACACUAGGUGAACAAACAAGGCAACAUGCUGACAUUUAUGACAUUUGCUAAAAUCAUCUUAAUUUAUCUGUUAGCAACCAUAAUUUUCCCCCCAGAUGCCUGAAAAGGUUAAUUUAGCCAUGGUCAUAUCAAACAAUCCCUUGAAUGGCAGAUUUGUAAAAAAUAUAUAUACAUAUAUAUUUUUAGUAAGUUGAAUAAGAUAAGACACAAGACAAAGUGAAAACUUUCUGCUCGGCAUAAAAAUUAAGACUUGCAAUUAUUUGUUCCUAAAAUUGGUGAUUCCAGCCGUGAAACUCAUCUCAUUUUUUCCAUCUGUGUGUCAGACUUUGGUGAUUUCUUUGAACUGUGUACCCAGAGCUAACAGCAGGACAUGGAAACUGAAUUUCAGUUUAUUUUGAGCCAGAUUUAUUGCACUUAAAGAAUGAACUGAGGAGACUUGCCGAUCUGGAGAUGGCAGCGGAGCAGGAAAAACAGAUUCAGUUCAAAAACUUGGUGUGGGCAUCUGAGAUCAAUAUUUAACCACAGCUGAGCAGGAAAACCUGAAGCACAGGGAGAGACGAGUUACCUCAAACCCAAAGCACAGAAAAACCACAAGACUGAAAGGUGGUUGAAGCAUGGUCACGACAUGAGUGACUAAACUAUAUCACAGCCAGUGGAGGAGAUGGGAAGGAUAAGGCUCAGGUGUGCAGGUUGAUUAAUCUGGUGGACUGUACCCACAGAGAGGAAGAAAAAGACAGAGACAAGCGAGAACAAACAGGAGCAAGCACAAAAGAAGAGCAGUACUGCAUCUGUGUAUAAAGGGUUACUGAGAUGUAUGUAAGACCUUCUGGUGCAUACCAUAUUUACACAAGUGGAAAAAAAGUGUGCUGAGAAAGUAUAUGAAAUAUUUUAAAAAAAAUUGCCCACCCUCUUUUUCAAACACUAAAUGAAAAAUUAAAUAUAAAUAAUAUAAAUUAACCUCUACAAUAAAAAAAAGUUAAAAAAGUGACAAUUUAAGUUCAUUUCUAGAAUUCUAGAAGAAAUACAGCAUGGCAGAUAUGUUCAAAUAAAAUAAAACUGCAAUAGUAAUAAUUACAUCAUCUCCACAGAUGAUUUAAAAACAAAUAAGGAAUGGUUGGUUAGUUUUGAUGUGUACAGUCAUAGAGAGUAGGUCAUGUAUUUAGUCUGGUUUAUGAACACAGAGGUCUGUAGGUCUGAUUGUGAAAGAUACUUAUGUUGUCUGACUUUAACUUGGACUUGCUCUGCUGUUGUAAAUGUAAAGGCUGCACUCUGGCCUGGGA